AUGCCCUCCCCUCCGGAUGCUGACAGUGCUUAUAAUGCUGCCCACUUCCCCGGUGGCGGGAAGCCGCCGGAAUCCCUCACUUCCAGUUGCCAGAAGGGAGCUUCAGACGAUGCUGCAAUGCGGGAUCAUCGCAGGUCGACCGCGCAUCUUUCGCCAGUUGCGCUCGACAGAGAAACCACGUCUGUUUCAGAGCCAUGCCGCAUUCCCUCUGGGCCUGAAUUACCUACCGUAAGUAGACAUGGUUUCGCGGGUCCGGUUAGACCCCUUUCAGUCCCCGGAUAUGAAAGAGUAAGUUCAUUCUCUGAUCAGAAUGGCGUUGCGAAGAGUGGAAUAGUCCAGGCGUUCACACCACCUGCUGCGGUCAAUCUCGACAAAAAAGAUGAUUCUGUGCAGAUGGAAGAGGCGGACCAAGAGAAGCAUACUACGAGGAUACAAGUGUUCAUACGCUUCACAAACAUCACAUAUACUCCUCCCAGAGGCCUUGCACGACAAUCCUUGAAGCAAUGGGUUAAAAAUACUUUCGCUGCUCGAUCGUUACAGCGGAAGGCUGGUUCUUCUGCUUCCACUUCGGCACCGUGGUCUCCGUCCACGUCGGUCCGUCCGCGGCAAAUUCUGUUUGGUCUGAGCGGCUAUUUCGCCCCUGGAGAAAUGGUGGGAAUCCUUGGUCCUUCUGGAGCAGGCAAAAGCACUUUUCUGUCUGUGCUUUGUGGACGGCUCAAAAAAGGUGUUGGAGGGCUAAUUGAAGUCAAUGGCAAGCCUGCCCCGGCGCGAAUGAAGAAAAUUGUUGGCUAUGUCAUGCAGCAGGAACAUUUCUUCGGGAAUUUGACAGUCGAAGAGACAUUGAUGUACACAGUCAGAUUGCGUUUGGGGAAGAAAAUCAGUUUCGAAGAGAAGAAGGCACGUGUGGAAGAAGUUAUACAUGCCAUGAAGCUCAACAAAUGCAGGGGCACCCGUGUUGGAAGCGCCUUCUGCCGUGGCCUCUCCGGUGGAGAGCUGAAGCGGCUAAACAUCGCGAACGAACUUUUACUUCAUCCGUCGCUGUUCCUCCUGGAUGAGCCCACAAGUGGACUGGACGCCUCGAUCUCAGCCGCGCUUCUCGACAUGUUAAAAGGACUAACACGAGCAAACAGGUGCACGACUGUCUGCACCAUACACCAGCCAAACAGCAACGUCUUCAUGAGGUUUGAUCGGGUGAUAUUCCUCAAAGACGGUCACAUCGUGUACCAGGGGAAGCCCUCGGACGUCUGUGCAUACUUUGCAUCUCUCAAUUUCCACUGCCCAGAGGGAUGGAACAUUGCAGAUUACGUUAUGCACGUCAUCAGUGCAUCGGAUGAUGAGGACAUUAGACGGCGCUCGAUCACCAGCGCAACUGCAGCCGCCGAAGCUCAUACAAUUGCCAGUAUACAGGAUGAUCAAGGCCGAAUCGAGAAGAAGGAAGCCGAACUGUCUAGUGGUUUGGUACCAGACCACAUACAAUCUUUAGAAGCGCCGCAGGAAGUAGUAGAUGUCUCCGCUGAUGUAUCAUCCACGGCGGGCGGGUCCUUCACCUGUCGAGCUGCACGAACCUCUGCUCAAACUGACAAAACAACAGAGACAUGCCUUUUUGGGAGGCGAAGUAUCCAGCGACAGAGUCAUGAGGCUGGUCCCCUCGAAGGAGCGUCCGAGAAUAGCAAUAGCAACACGCCCAGAGAGGAGGAAACUGACGAUGCUCCCCUGACCAGAGUUUGUGACGUACAGCCUGAUUUGAGUGCAACACAGGAAUUGACGAUGGCCGGUGUGAUGAAGCACUUUUGUGACGGACCACCUGAACCGUCUGAAGAAAGAAUCGUUGCAGUUCUAUCAGCAGAGGCCAGCAAAGCUCAAGACGAUGACAGUCAUUCUCUGGUAGAAGCAUACGGCCGUAGACUGGACACAACGACUUUCCAGCUCCGAUUUCAUGACUUCACCGAAACACCUGUCAAGGACUCUUCAGAACGGACUGCCCACGGUUGCACAGUAGAGGAACGGGUCCCUGAAACGCAUGAUUGCAACGCUCUCGACGGCCCCCUCCGAUGCGGAGCCAUCGAGAAACAACAUGCACCACAUGCGUUACUGGCAGCACAAAUGAUCCGGAGUCCUAUGGUUGAGCGAAGAGACAACGAAGAACACGACUCCGGCGUGAAGUCAUACUGUGGCUCGCGCAGACUGAGUACGCGGUCACAGGAAGCGUUAGCUUCAGAAAUGUCGAAGAAGAUGCUUGAGGGCAAUAACGGCACCGAAAUCGAAGCUACCCACGUGCAGCUGCUAGAAUCGCUGACGAAUACGACCGCAAACCAGAACAUAUGGAGAUCCGACUUGGUCCAACAAAUGAAAUCCGCAACUGACGAACACUGUGCAGGAAAAAAGUCAGAAAGCAGAAAAAGCAUAGUUUCCAUUCAUCCAUGCUGCUGUGGGUUGAAUGGAAGCAUUUCACAGAGAAAUGUCGAGUUGUCUGCAAACGCGGCACCGGUAACAGCAAUACAGGUGCGAUCUGAUGGCAUUACUUCUUUCGCUCCAAAGAAGAUGGAGUGGGGAGGGCGGAAGUUUUCCAGGAGGACGUCGUUCCUGUCGUUUGAUGAGGAAAUCAAGGUGGCGAUGUCGGAACCAAGUUACUUUCAACAGGUCUGGGUGCUCAUGUGCCGCGGGAUCAGGAAGGAACUGAAAGGAAAGAGUACCUUGCUUGAUCUGGCGCAAGCAGCUGUAAUCGGGGCUGUCGUUGGAUCUCUUUAUUUCCAAAGUUGCAAAGAUUAUUCCGAGGAAAAGCUCAUGGACCGAAUGGGCCUACUCUACUUCGCUACUGCUUACUAUAGCUUCGGUCCCGCGUAUAUGGCAUUCACCUCUUUUCCAGCUGAGCGCGCUGUUAUCUCCAGAGAAAGAAGCAGCAAAGCAUAUAGAGUGUCAAGUUAUCUCUUCGCUAAAACAGUGGUGGACCUCGUCAUCCAGAUCCCUACCCCUUCGCUGUGGCUAACAAUCGUAUAUCCGCUUGUAGGACUGCCCUCGGAUUUGGGAGUGUUCAUGGCUUUCUGGGCUCAGCUGGUACUGCUUGUAUGCAUAGCUCAAGCCAUAGGGCAGCUGAUUGCUGCGAUUGUUGUGGACGAUGCACGUCUAGGAGGUUUACUGCUGUCGGUCAUUCUGAUUUCAUCUUCCAUCAGUAGUGGCUUCUAUGUUAAGCAAGAGAGAUUAGGCCCAUGGAUAUCGUGGCUGCGCUGGUUGUCUUUCCAGAACUACGCAGUAACAAACUUCGUAAUAGUUACGGUGGGAUCGUCUUCUACACUCUCAUGUUCAGAGUUUUCUUCGUUCCCAACGUGCCCAGAGGAGCCAAUAACAGCAGAAAUGAUUAUCCGCCGAUUCACAACGGCACUUUCCCCGGUAUCCAAUGCCACGGUGAUGCUAUGUACAUGGCUGACAAUUAAACUGAUGUGCUAUGGAGUCCUCAAGAAAUCUCUUAAACUAAAGUCCUGA